AUGAAUAUAUCUGCGUUCCUGUUGGUGCUGCUGGCAGCUGCUUCACACACUGUGGCAAAGCCGAAAAAUCGAUUCACUCGCUACCCAUCAUGGAACACUAAGAUGUACCCAAUCUGGAGAGAAGGAGACCAGCGAUACGAUGACGCCUGGAAAGGUGGAAAAGUGACCUUUGAUGUGGGGAAUGAUUCUCCCACGUUGACUGGAGCCAAAGUGACCUUCACCAUUGACCUGGACUUUCCCCACAACCAAAAGGUGCAGCCUGAUGGAGAUGUGGUCUGGGCUCAGGAUUGCACAAUCAAUGGGACAAAGUACCAUGAGUCUGAAGCAGUUUACCCCACAUUGGACAUAGACUGGGAGCCAGUUUUUCCUAAUGGGACACCUAUUAAAAAGGACAAGAAACCAGCCUAUGUAUUCGUCUGGAAGACCUGGGGUCAGUACUGGCAGGUGUCAGAUGGUCCCUCCUCCUCUCUGACUAUCAGUACAGAUGACAUUCCACUUGGCUCCUACACCAUGGACAUUGUCAUCUACCACUACAGGAGCAAAGAGAAAUUCAUUCCUCUGGGAUAUGCCUCUACACAGUUCUCCAUCACAGAUCAAAUCCCCUUCGCCGUCUCUCUUGACCAAGUCAGCGACAUUGUAGCUGGAGACUUGCGUUUUAUCCAGAACAGGGCAAUUGCCUUCACCAUCACCCUGCACGACCCCAGUGAGUACCUCAGCAAUGCUGACAUCACCUUCAACUGGGACUUUGGCGAUGAGAGUGGGGCCCUCAUAUCCCGAGAGCUGACUGUCACUCACACCUACAUCAGCUCUGGCUCCUUCAAGCCUCAGGUGGUGAUCCAGGCAGUCAUUCCAGAUAAGGCCUGCGACCCACCCUCCAAUGCCCCAACUAAAGCCCCAGGCCCACCUGCUGAUCAGGGCACUACAGUAAAAGCUCUGGCUUUAGCAUCUGCUGUUCCCCUGCUGACUUCCACCAAGUCAGUCCCUCUGAAUGUGAACAAGAUGUCCUCAGACACAGAGGAAGACAACACUGAAGAUGAGGCUUCCUCUGCCUCCAACACCCAACUUGCCCAGGAAACACUCACAGUGGCAGAGACUCAAUCCCCCACCAACCAGCUGCCAGAUGACCCUGAGACACGCAGCAGGUUGGGGGCAGAUGCAAAGCAAACUGUGACUCUGACAGGCCGAAUUGCAGUUGUAGCAAAGAGAGAUGCAGAUGAUCAGCCCACCGGUGAUGAUUGUGUGAUUUAUAGAUAUGGCUCCUUCUGCACUGGCAUUGAAGUAUUUGAGGGCAUUGAAAAAGUAGAAAUAGUUCAAAUGGACAACACUGUGAUAGCAGCGCCUGGAAGGGACAAAAAUAUCUUGGAUAUCACUGUUACCUGCCAGGGAAGCCUUCCAAAGGAGGUGUGCAGCGUGAUUCUGGACACAGACUGCUUAAGGCCGAUUCACACAGUGUGCAACAUGGUGGAGCCCUCCAAGGAGUGCCAGUUAGUGUUGCGUCACUUCUUCAAUGACUCCGGUGUCUACUGCAUUAAUGUUUCCAUGGCCAAUGAUGUAAGCUUGGCUGUGACCAGCGCCAAAGUCAACGUUGACAUCAGCCCUGGUAUGCUCUCUUCUGGAUUCAUUGCCAUGCUGUUGGGUGUCCUGGUGCUCAUUCUGGCAUUAGGAAUGGUGGCAUACUCUUACAAGUAA